AAAUAUAUAUUUGGAAUGAACACGGUGCCAAAUCAUGGAUUUAUUGAGGUGCAUUCCAUGCACCCUCAUCAUCAACAUCAACCUCAUUGCAAGCAACAGUGUUUUGUUUUCACGGAAAUUGCUGACAUUGUUGAGUUGCCACCGGAAAUAACUAAGAUUGGAAGUGAAAAGAUGCAAAACGGUGGCAUAUCACCUUAUACCAAAGAUCCUUGUGGCACUUCGGGAGGCAUGGAUUCACCAACAGAAUCGGAAAUCAAAAAGUCCAGAAGCAAACGAAUUCUCAUUGUAUUGGGUGUAAUGUUGGCAUGUAUUGCCAUGGCGGGCGGAAUCCCACUCGCCUUACAGCUCAGGCAAUCCUCAUUAUUGGAAGCACGGUUGGCUUUCAUCAGGCGACUACUGAGUGAAGCUCCUCUUAUCGAGGGCUCUUGGACGCCUACACGUGAACAGAAUUACAGCAGUAGCAUGAUGGAAAUGCGUCAGAAAUAUGUGGGUGCAGUGUUGUGGCCUAUUGCGGUGCCUUGUGGAGCUCAGUACUUGGAUGCCGUACAAUUGGCCUUGGAGGGGAUCGAUGAGGCUAAACGUAUUACGGCUGUAACUGAUUCCAUGCAUAUCGUUGAAUCUGCCGAUGAAAUGGAACAAACCCACAUUCGAGGAGAAGUUGCAGUAUUAAUGGGGCUUGGUGGUGGACAUGCAUUGGGUACGAGUUUAGCAGUUCUUCGGUCCAUGUAUUUAUUGGGUGCUCGUUUUGUUUCCAUCACUAGUUUAGAAUGUACAACACCAUGGGCGGCAUCAACAAAAAAUUUGGAAUAUUUAGUCGAAGGAAAUGCAACGAAUUCCAUUAAUGAUUUCGGAAAGACUAUGCUAUUUGAAAUGAAUCGCAUUGGAAUGUUGAUUGAAAUCUCUCAUCUUUCUGACGCUGCAAUGGUAGCAGCUCUGCGAACAGCCAAAGCUCCUGUUCUGCUAAUUAACUCCGCACCAUCAUCCUUUUGCAAUAAUACAAAUGUAGCUGCCAUUCCUGAUCGUGUUCUAAGUUUACUUCCCGACAAUGGCGGUGUUAUCAUGCUAAAUCUUGAACGUUGUGGCGAACGCUUGAUCAGUGUUCGAGAAGCAAUAAAUGCCAUUAAUUAUGUGCGAAAGGUUGCUGGCGUUGAUCAUAUCGGUUUGAGUGGUGCUCCAAAAGGAUAUGCAUUUCUAUUGGCUGAGUUGGCACGAGAUCGAGUUUGGGGAAAUGCAGCCAUCAAAAAACUGAUUGGUGGCAAUGUUGUGCGUAUAUUGCGAGAAGUUGAAACCCUAAAGAAUCGUUUGCCUUUAUAUGAGGAAUGGAUACCAAAUGAAUUGAUUGAGAGUAACUCAUAUUGUCGUUAUCCAGAGUCUUAAAUACAUACAUUUCUAUAUAUAUUUAUGUGUCUAUGUAUGCACAAAGUGGAUGAAUAAAUUGUAAUCUUCAAAGCAAGAUCGUAGAACAUGGAGAUAAUGAGUGAUAUUUUAAGUACAUAUUUAUUAAUUGAAAUACUCAAUUAGUUGCUAUUAUUACUUAUUGUAGAAAUGCACCACUUUUAAAAAUAUAAUAAACUACCAAAUAUUUGUUAAUGAAA